AUGCGUUCCUCCAUGAUCCUCCUCGGCCUCGCUGCCGCUGUCUCGGCCCAAGACCUCGGCGCCGCACUCUCAGGUGUUGAGUCAGCCGUCGACCCAAGCGGCGCUCUCGAGACGGCCUCAGGCGACCUCAACUCCAUCGUAAGCCAAGUCACCAGCGCCCUGGGUGGCGCACCCUCCGCCGUCGGCUCCCUCGUGGGCGACGCGACCUCGCUGGCCGGCAGCGUCGUCGGCGACGUGACGUCCGAGCUCGCUUCCGCAACCGGCGCCGGCGGCGCGGCGGCAUCAUCGCUGUUGGGACAGGCUUCGUCCCUCGUGGCCUCCGCAACCGGCGCCGCCGCCACCGGUGCCUCGGGUGCCGCUGCCACGGCCACCGGCCGCGCCACGGGCAGCGCCGGCGCCAGCGGCAUCAAGACCGUGACCAGCUCUUCCAGCUCCUCCACCAAGACCAGCAGCUCCUCGAGCGACUCCGACUCGUCGGCCUCGGGCUCCAGCUCGAGCAACCCUGCGCCCAUGAAGACGGCCGCCGUCGGCAUGGGAGCCCUGCUCGGAGGUGCUGCUAUCUUCGCCAACCUGUAA